AUGCGUUCUUCACUCCUUGUUCUCAUUACUUCCUACCUUGCGUUGACGCAGGCCGCGCCUGUGGCGAUUGCGGAACCGCAGGACGACCCCAAGCCCACUCCGGCGCUUCCAUCUAGCUUCCCCACCGCCUGGCCCUCGGGAAUUUCCAAGCCCACAGCUUUCCCGACCGCAUGGCCUUCCGACAUUCCCAAGCCGACUGCUUUUCCGACUGCUUGGCCCUCUGGUAUUCCCAAGCCCACAGCGCUCCCCACUGCCUGGCCAUCAGGCCUCCCCAAGCCGUCCGGAAAACCAGUGGUUCCGCGCGCUGCCGAGGAAGAGCUUGCUCCUCCUAAGCCGUCCAAGCCGACCGGCCUCAAGCCAUCUAAGCCCGCCGGCGGGCACGCUGGCCACAGCCACGGCCCCAGGCCGACGAAGUUCACAAAGCCGGCGGGCCCGAAGCCGACUAAGCCUGCUGGCCCGAUGCCCCCAAGGCCUUCCGGGGUAAAGCUCUCCGCUGGCAGUCCGAAACCUCCUAUGCCAUCCGGUAUCAAGCCUACGCUGCUCGCGAAGCCGUCUGGAAAGCCAUUGAUCCCACGCGAUGAGGUCGUUUCUCUCAAGCCUUCUAAGCCGAUCAAAUCCACCGGCCCAAAGCCAACGAAGAAACCCACUGGUCCGAAGCCCUCCAAGCCAUCCGACGGACACGCCGGUCACAGCCACGGGGCAAUGCCGAAAAAGAAGCCUUCUGGUCCUAAGCCCUCUGGUGCUCCCAAGCCCAAGUCCACCUAG